CAAGAAAAGUUGUUGUAGAAAGAGAAACUGAUUUUUUUUUCACAUAUAUUUUUUGCUAAAUGUUGAUGAUGACCCAGAAAUCAUAAUGCAAAUUUUGACUGAGCUUCGUAUCCCAAUUCCCAGAUGAGGACAGUAUAUAAGUUUUUACGACAAAUAUUGAUUACAAAAAUUUCAUCAAUGGGGGGAGCUUGUUCUAGGAAGAGAGACCAAAGAGAAGAAGAAGAAGACAACAUAAAUGGAGGGGUUUGCAGAAGAUAUGGCAAAAGUGGGAGUUCAAAGUGGUUGGCAACUUCAUUCACUCGACAAUCUAGUGACAUUCAAAUGGGAAAAGGGAAGUGCCUAUCCCUCAUGGACUUAUGCAUCCAGAAGAUACGUGCGGACAUUGAUAAAUAUACCACUUUCUCAAUGCUCCCAAGGGACAUAAGCCAGCAGAUUUUCAAUGAUUUGGUGUAUUCUCGAUUGCUAACUGAGGCUUCUCUUGAAGCUUUUCGGGAUUGUGCACUGCAGGAUCUUUACUUGGGAGAAUAUCCUGGGGUAAAUAACAGUUGGAUGGAUAUGGUGGCAUCGCAGGGAUCUUCUUUACUUUCUGUGGAUCUUUCUGCAUCUGAUGUUACUGAUGAUGGGUUGAUUCACCUUAAAGAUUGCAUAAAUCUCCAAGCAAUACACUUUAAUUAUUGUGACCGAAUUUCAGAUCGUGGGCUGGAAUGCAUUAGUGGUCUCUCUAACUUGACAAGUUUGAGCUUUAGAAGAAACAAUGCAAUCACUGCUAAAGGAAUGAGUGCCUUUGCUAGAUUAGUGAACUUGGUUCAGUUGGAUUUGGAGAGAUGUCCUGAAAUCCAUGGUGGGCUUGUUUAUCUUAAAGGUUUAACAAAGUUGGAAUCUCUGAAUUUAAAUUGGUGUAACUGCAUAACAGAUGCUGACAUGAAGUCUCUCUCAGGGCUUACAAACUUGAAAGGAUUACAACUUUCCAGCAGUAAAGUUACAGACUGUGGGAUUUCUUACUUGAAAGGUCUUCACAAUCUCUCUUUGUUGAACUUGGAGGGAUGCCCAGUUACUGCUGCAUGCUUGGACUCUCUCUCAGCUCUUGCUGCUCUUCUCUAUCUGAAUCUCAGCAGAUGCUGUCUUACUGACAAUGGAUGCGAAAAAUUUUCUCGACUUGGAAGGAAACUAAAAGUGCUGAACUUGGCUUUCAAUGAAAUUGGUGAUGCUUGUUUGGCACACUUAAAAGGUUUUACAAAUUUGGAGAGCUUAAACUUGGAUUCUUGUAGUAUCAGUGGGGAAGGACUGGUGAAUUUGACAGAUUUUCGACAUCUGAAAUGUUUGGAGUUGUCUGAUACUGAAGUUGGAAGCAAUGGGCUCCGCCAUUUAUCUGGUUUGGUUAAUCUGGAGAGCAUAAAUUUAUCAUUUACUGUAAUUACCGACAGUGGUUUGAGAAAAUUGUCCGGACUUACAUCUCUAAAAUCACUAAAUUUGGAUGUUCGCCAAAUUUCAGAUACCGGAUUAGCAGCUCUAACAACUUUGACUGGAUUAACUCAUCUGGAUCUUUUUGGAGCUCGCAUCACAGACUCUGGAACAAACUACUUGCGAUACUUUAAAAAUCUGAGGUCCCUGGAAAUUUGCGGAGGAGGAUUGACCGACUCCGGUGUUAAAAACAUCAAAGAUCUGUCAUCAUUGACACUGUUGAAUCUAUCACAAAACUGCAACCUGACAGACAGAACCUUGGAGAUGAUUUCAGGUUUGACAGGAUUGGUCUCAUUAAAUGUGUCAAAUUCUCGUAUCACCACCUCAGGACUUAGACAUUUGAGGACACUCAAGAAUUUGAAGUCAUUGACAUUGGAGUCCUGCAAGGUGACAGCUAAUGACAUCAAGAAUCUUCAGGAGAAUCACCUCCCUAAUCUGGUGAGCUUCCGACCCGAGUAGUUGUCCUUAUGGUGGUGGUGGUGGUACUUUCAGCAUGGAGAGACAUCACAACCAUUUGUAUUAUUUGUAUAUAUAAGAAAAAAGGAGGAAGCAAAUAAGACUUCAAAGUGGUAAUGUGUAGUUAAAAGUUGGAGUGCCCUCAUCUCCAGGCAGCCAUAUAAGCUAUUACUAUAAGUAUAAGCUAUGAAAUAGUAGUCGUCUAUGCCUUAUGUGAAGGUUUCUUCAAAAUCUUUUCUGGGUUCGGAAGAAAAUGAGAAUAUAAGCUUCCUAAGCAUGGCUUCUUUAAGCAAAACUUUGGUGAUUGAGUUGAAACAAGUAUGUUUGCUUGUACAGUGAGUAUGUUGUCAUGUGUGUGCUGUGAAAGUUUUUAUUCUUGUACAGUUUUUCAAAACAUUCGGUCAAAAUGAUUACAUGCAAAUGCAAUUAUGAAUGAACAUAUUUAUUAUAUUCCUGAGAAGUUAAAAUUCA